AUGGAUGCCCGCAUCGGACUGGAGUACAUCAUCGAGAACAACGACUACGUGAACAAGCUUGGGCUUGCGCUGGACACCAACAAUGUCACGGUUAAGAAGCAAAUCUUCGAGCUGCUAUCGACGCUGUGUGCCUUCAGCGCGAACGGGUACAAGCGUGCGAUCGAAACGCUGGAGCACUACAAGAGCAUUAAGAACGAGCGGUAUCGACUGAACCUGGUCGUGUCCGAGCUGGAUAAGGCGACCACGAUCGAGUACCAGAUAGCACUGCUGGCGUUCGUCAACUGUGUUAUCAUUUCGGCCGGUUCGCUUAAGGAUCGGAUACGAAUGCGCAACGAGUUUAUCGGAUUAAACCUCAUACCAGUAUUAAAUAAUUUAAGGCGCACGGCCAGCAACGUCCCGGAUAUCGCCUCACAGAUAGAGGUGUUCGACGAGCAGCAGGAAUGCGAUGUCUCCCAGAGCCUCCAGGUGCCGGAUGGGAUCGAUCUGAAUUCGCAUCUUGAUGUCUUCAACGCUAUUCUAGCGCAGGUCGCGGGUACUCCGCAAGCAACGCCAUUUCUAAGCAUACUCCAGCACCUGCUGCAGAUCGAUCCGAAGGAGCAGAUCAGUGACAUCGUCUGGGACACGGCCGAGACGCUAGUGCACCGAGCCACGCUGCUGGAAGACAAGGAAGCAUCCGCCCGGCUCCUGAGGGCACCAAGUGUGCAGAAGUUCUUCACCUGCCCUCAUUGCCGAGGCGACCUGAGUGGGGGUCCAGCGCGACGUCCCUCCGUUGGUAGCUCCCUGCAACCUUCACCCAGCUCCACCACCUUUGGGGCGCCACCACCACCACCGCCUCCAGCCUCGCUGCAGUGUGCCGCGGCACCACCACCUCCACCGCCACCUGGCUGUGGAGGACCAGCACCUCCACCACCGCCACCACCGCCUCUCGCUGGCGGCCGAGCACCCCCUCCACCUCCACCACCCAUGGCCGGAGGUCCUCCUGCGCCACCUGCUCCACCUGCCCCGCCAGCACCGAACCUGCUAUCGGUGCAAACCCCCGCCAGCAAUGGCACCCUGGCUCGUUCGAAGACACCCGAUGAGGCUCCGGUCGUGAUCGUGAAGCCUCUACCCCAGCAGGAGACACCAGUGCCUCGUGCCAAGAUGAAGACGAUCAACUGGAACAAGAUCCCGCCCCAACGGGUACUGGGCAAACAGAACAUCUGGUCGAUCGUGGCUGACUCCCACCAGGACAGCCCGAUGGCCGAUCUUAAUUGGGACGAAAUGGAGGGCUUGUUCUGUUUGCAAACGCAAACGCAAGGCUCCCCGAAGCUUGGUCAUCGAGGUGGGGCGUCCGGGGGUGAUGGAAGCAAUGGUGGUGGUGGAGCCGGUGGCACUGACACACCGGAUUCGCGGAAAUCGCGCAAGGAGAACGAGAUCACGCUACUGGACGGGAAGCGCAGUCUGAAUGUGAACAUCUUCCUGAAGCAGUUCCGUACGACGAACGAGGACAUCAUACAGCUGAUCCGGCACGGCGAGCACGAAGAUAUUGGUGCGGAGAAGCUGCGUGGGUUGCUGAAACUCCUGCCCGAGGUGGACGAGCUCGAGAUGUUGCGGGCGUUCGAUGGCGACAACAACCGGUUGGGUAAUGCGGAGAAGUUCCUGUUACAGCUGGUACAAGUGCCUAACUACAAGUUAAGAAUCGAGAGCAUGUUGCUGAAGGAGGAGUUCAAAGCGAAUCUGAUGUACUUGGAGCCGAACAUACACGCCAUGCUGUAUGCGGGUGAAGAUCUGAUGAACAAUAAGGCGCUCCAGGAGGUGCUAUACAUGGUGGUGGUGGCUGGUAACUUCCUUAACUCGGGUGGAUACGCGGGUAAUGCGGCAGGCGUGAAGCUAUCCUCACUGCAGAAGCUCACCGACAUCCGUGCGAACAAACCGGGCAUGAAUUUGAUCCACUUUGUGGCACUGCAGGCGGAGAAGAAGAACACCGCCUUGCUGGAGUUUCCCGGUCAGCUUACGAUGUUGGAAAAUGCUACCAAAACAACCGUCGAACAGAUUAGCAACGAAGUGAACGCCAUCGACAAUCGCAUCAAGAAGAUCAAGAAACAGAUCGAGCUACCGAAGACGGAUGAGGAUAUCAAGUUCCAGAUGGAGGAGUUCCUCAGUACGGCGGAGCAAGACGUCGUAAUGUUGCAGCGCGCAUUGAAACAGCUGGAAGCCAUGCGCCUACAGUUGGCUGAGUUCUUCUGCGAGGAUAUGGGCACGUUCAAGAUGGAAGAGUGCUUCAAGAUUUUCCACACCUUCAGCGAAAAGUUCCAGCACGCCGUUAAGGACAACGAGAAGCGUCGUGUGCAGGAGGAACAGGCCAUGAUCCGCAGGAAGCAGCGCGAGGAAACUCUUCGCCGGAGGCAAUCUAAUCAACCUGGUACGCCAGUGUCUGAUUCGGAGGGAAGUUUACUGCUGGACGCUUCGCAGUACGACCUUCGCUACAGUCCGGCAAUGUCCCGUCGGCGCUUGGGAUCAUUCAACAGUAACGGUGAUGCCCUUUUGCUGCGGGACGAAUGUGCCUCACCGGACAUUACACCGAACGGUAGCUUAAGGAGACGUCGAAGCCGGGUUCUGUCGGAGGAAGAUGAAGGUAAUCUCAUGGACUUCUUACGCUCUUCGGGACACGAGAGCAGCAAUCGAGAGCGGAAGUCCGCAGCCUACGGUAGUUUGGACCGGUCGUGGGCCCGUCGAGCCCGUUCCGGAAGUGGCAGCAAGAAGCGUCCGGAUCUGCUGAAUGUACAGUUCGGUGCGGACCGGGAGCGACCAAGCUCACCUUCGCCGGUGACCGAAACGAAGCCGCUCGCGGUGGAAGAACACAAACCAAGAAUUUCCAGGGAAUGGCGGCAAAAGAUCGAGUCCUGGUUGCAGGCGAACGAGCAGGAUGAACGACAGAACGAUGACUACAAGAAGAAGCUGAAGCGCGUUUCGGCUAACAGGCGCUCGUACGAGACGGACAACGAAAGUGACCGCGGCAGCAAGCUGGAUCCGUUACCAGAGGAGAAACCACCGACGGUGACUUCACCGGAACCACCGGCUGUCCCGAAGAUUGUAACUCCUGCCUUGGGUUCUGGUCAGAAGGCGUCGGUUUCUCCAUCACCAUCCGAUCAGCAGCUGUUCGGUGGAUCGAUGACGUACAAGCGAGUCUACCCGAAUUGGCGACCAGGGACUUCGCUCGAGCAGACGGACGUCGUGGGUACGAUAGAGGCCUUAACAGGUGCGGUCUCACCCGAUGCAGAUAAGUCAACGUGGCGCAAAUCGCUGCUCAACACCGCCAGCAGUACGGAGAGUGAUGAUGCGGUGCAACAGCGCUACCGCCGCCAACGUUCCCGAGAGGGAGGUCAAAAUCCGAGUUCGAACCUUCAGUCGAUUCUCGAGGAGGACAAACGUAAGAACAUCAUCCAAUCGCUAGGCGAACGACCACCGUCGGAUCGACUGCAGAUCUACAUCCGGCGUGGCUCGGAUAACCCCCCAGGGACGCCUUCGGACGGGUCUCCGGCAGCGGAUGGUGCCAAGAGUGUCGCGGGCAGCACCGGAACCAGCGAAGAGAACAAACAAUCGAUCUACAUCCGCCAACCGCUUACCAACGGAAAGCAGUCGAGCUACAGCUCAGCUGGCACGCCUUCCACGGUGUCCUCCAGCAUGGCCAGUACCACUUCGGGUUCGGAACUAGUGACGGUGUCCGGUGGGGAAACGGCUACUUCACCAUCUUCCGGUGCAGUAGCUCCACCACCUCGACGAACUCGCCGUGCACACCACGUGUACGAUGAGUCGACCAACAACAAGAUUGAGAUCGACUCGGACAACAUCGAAACACCACCCUCGAUUAGACGUAAUGUUGGAGGAGUCGGUGGUGCGGGAGGCACCUCAGGUGCGGGUACGGCGUCUGCCAGUGGAGGAUCCUGUCGUCGGCUACACCACCACAACCAGACCGAGUCCAAGGAUGCGUUGUCGAUGACUGCAAAUGACUCAGGCAAGGGCUCGUCAGCGACCGAUAGCAAUGGCGUGGAAGUGCUGGGUGAUGGCCAAUUCGAUCGGUUCUCGUCGGCUAGAAGGACACGCCGGUUUAAGCGACCGAUUGAUCUUGGAACGGGUGCUGGUAGUGGCAAUGAGACGACCACCACAACUGCCACCACGGCUUCUCCGUCGCCAGAUUCACUACCGGAUAGUGCGUCCCAGAGUCCACUUCUUGUGAGCACCAAGGUCUCAACCACAGCAAGUGGUAAGGACACAGCCAAACAGGAGCAAGAGCAUCGAUUGAAGCGGUGGCAGGACAAGCUAAAGUCUUCCACGACAUCGGGCGCCGGUGUGGGAGCAUCUCCAACAAAUGGCCGAGAAUCGCCUCGUUCCCACGCCGAAACCGUGUUGAACCGGGCAAGCAAGGUGGGUCGUACGAUUAGUCGCAUUAGUCAGGAGGACGUGCGUGAAGCCAUCCGGAGCCUGAAGUCGCCAACGCCUGAGCGCACCUGGAGCCCUACGAAGGAGCUACAUCAGCAGCACGCAAAGGGCGUCGUGGCUACGCAUGAGCUCAAUGACGAGGGCUUCGAGGAGACACAAAGUCUAGUCUCGGAUACGCCUUCUCAGGGCAAAGACAGCGUAUCAUCCUGCAACGAUUAUGGUUCGGACACCAAGAGCAAGCGCGUUGUUCCGAGCUCCACAGGCAGCAAAUUUUCUGUCGGAACUCCGAGCUCCAAGCAAACGUCAUCGACGACAACGGGGAUGCGCACUAGCAGUCCAAGCAUGGCCAGCCUGUUGAUGGUAAAGAAUGGAGGGACUAGUCUUGAGCGUAGUCGAUCCCUUCGUGGCGCACCCUCAGCUAGUCUGCCCACCAGCAAGAAUCUCCUGCCACGUCGGACGGCAUCCAUGAGACGAGGUCCUUCGACGACUAUAUCAUCAUCCACGACCAGUGUCGAUGGCACACCAGGACUACUUCGGCCUAUCGCUCGUCAGGCACAGGACGUCGAACGGAGUAAUUCUCGCACAAGCCUCCGAUCGUCCCGGUCGUCACUUAGCAGCGCCGUCUCGACGAAUACCGUCCGAAAGGUGCCACCACCGUUGCGAUCUGCCACCGGUUCCACUGUUGGCACCUUCUCUAAAGCCUUCGCUCCGCUCUCUACGACGGCCACUACACUGUCCGCGAAUAGUUCACCCUCGAAGCGCCCUCUAGCAACGGCCACCUCAGGCAACAUCGGUGGCCAUCGAGGUGCACCAGCAAGCCGCAGCAGCUCGAGCGGUUCUAGUAUUGGUCCAGCGGCAGCAGCCGCUAUCGUACGUAAGCCACCGGCGAAGUCCACGGCGGCCAAGGAGAACCAGCACUCGACGACCGGAAGUCGAUUGCCACCGGGAAGUAAAUCGACCAGCAGUGGCAGCUUGGCCGGAUCUGGCACUGGCGGUGGCGUUAGUCCAACACCGGCCUCGGGACGUCAGUCGGUGACUGGGACACAGUCCACGGUUGCCUCCCGACGUACUGGUGGCUUUAUGCGGCCUACUACCUCCAGUGCCACCAAAGUGAAGGGUAAAUGA